AUGUCUUCCCAUUCACUCACCCAGUUUGCAAGUGUCUUGAAAUAUACUCCAAACCCGUCAUCCGGGGAAACCACUUGCCCAUCAUCUCCAGGUGAAAACUUCAACUUCAGCUCAAAAUUCAUGAGCCUGGGCGCCCAUCUCGACCUCCUGAAAAGGGCGAAUGGCCAUAGUGACACCAAUUCUGCCGCCCUCAAUGCCCCAAUCUUUACUCAGCAAGCCCUCGAGGUCGCAUCCGGGCUUUCUCGCUCGGGAGAUGGCCCCAUCGACGAUCCCUUCAGCCAGUAUGGCCUUCUGGCUGGUGACAUGGAAGCUUAUGAACGUCACGGGAGCGACCCCCGUAUCUUUUACAACAUCGCCGUUCCAUCUAGUGUCUUCAUCUGCGGCAGCCAGGGAUCUGGGAAAAGCCACUCACUCAGCUGCAUCCUCGAGAAUGCUCUGCUGCCAUCUGUCGCCAAUGUUCUACCCGAUCCUCUCACUGGCAUUGUUUUUCACUACGAUGCUUUCAUUUCCGAUACGGGUGGUUCCCCCUGCGAGGCGGCAUUCAUCUCAUCUUCCGAAAACGUGUUUGUCAGGGUUCUCUGUGCUCCCACAAGCAUUGCACAGAUUCGGCGAAUUUAUUCGCCUCUUCCCAACGUGGUAAUCGAAGAACUUCGCAUUAAUGAAUCUGACCUCAACACGCGCAGGAUGCUUGAUCUCAUGGCCGUCAACCCUAACGGCGAGGGUCUCCCCCUUUACCUACACGUCAUCAUGCGUAUCCUCCGGGACCUCCGCAUUCACCAGCAGAAGACUGGAGCCACAUUCAACUACGGCGAGUUCAAGAGGAUGGUCGAUGCCGAGGCCCUCAAGGAGGGCCAGCUCGCACCACUUCAACAGCGCCUUGCGACCCUCGAGUCCUUUAUGAAUCAGAGACAUGCUUCAUCUUAUAAACUAUCCGAUAUAAAGGUCAACAAAGCCAUACCAAGCAAGAAGUCGAAGGCUGCUGGCAACAUUUGGAAGCCCAAGGCAAGUUAUAUUUCAUACAAAUAA